CUGACUGCAACACACAUGUCAGUAAAGACGGACACACAAGUGGAAGCUUUUAAAUUUGAGGACAUCCAAAUGAAAGUGCUGAGUACCAUAAUAAUAAAAUAAGAUACCUUUCUCAUCGACUGUAAUAGCAAUGAUUUCGCUUUGUGUUUGGAUACUGCUGGUUAAGGAAGCUUUUGGUUCCAUAUCUAUAAAGGUUGAACCCCUUGUUGUAAAGAUUGGUAAAUCAGAUAUAGACGUCAGGUGUAUCGUUGAUGGCACCACCCUAAAACGUAUUUUCAGUAUGCAGCUGAUUAGAUCAAACAAAGUAAUUGUGAUCAUAAAAAAACCCGAAGUCACCUGGGUAGACACAGCGUUGGGAAAUACAACUGGGGUUAAAAUCAACGCGUCAAUUAGCAAUAACACGUCGUCAUAUCUGCAUUUGAAGAUUUCAAAGACAGUGGUCAGGUAUCCAGAGGACAUGGGGUCGUAUCAAUGCUCUGUUUACGCUGAAGGCAAAGGAUUUGUGACAAGUUUUUCUAAGACUGUAAACUUAACAGGGCUUCAUGAAACAACGAUUGCUACCCGUGACUUCACAACAUCUUUCUCCACGGAACAGUUAGUAACAGAAGGAACUUUCAAAAGUAAUAUAACAGAGGGGACUUUUGAAAGUAAUGUAACAAAUGGCACUUUGGAUCAUGAUAUUUCAAAGGUUUUAGAAACAUAUAGAGCAAUUAUGAUUUCUAUAGGGUCCUUUAUUUCGUGCAUCUUUGCAUUUGUUAUCAUCCGUGAAAUACGUCUAUAUAGGUCUGCAUCGAACUGAAGAUUCGUUGGAUAAGAUUGUUAUCAAAAUCGAUUAUAGCAUAAUAUACGUACAUUUGUUUUUACCUUAUAUUUUUAAAGUUUGUAGCAAAUUGAUCUUUAACUUUAGGAAUUAUUUACAUGUAGGAAUAUUUUUUUUGAUAUAAAAAGUGUCCCGAGUUACUACCAUAUUUAAAGUGUUCAGGAAUUCUAGUGUAAA